AGAGAGCGAGAGAGAGAGAGAUAGAGAGAGGACCUAUCUCAUUCACGCGCACACAUCGACGCGCCAUUAAACAGACGCGGCAAUGGAGAUCGCCCAGACGUUGGUGCGUGCCGUCAUGCGCGCCUUCUACUCGACCCAGGAGAUCCUGGUCAUCGAGGCGCUCGUGACGCACUCGGUGCUGCGCGACGACGAACUGGCCUACCUGAUGAAGAUGAACCUCAAGGACAUGCACCGGCUGUGCGCGACCCUCCGCGACGCCCGCUUCCUGGUGGUGCACACGCGGCCCGAGAUGCAGGAGGGCAAGACGCGGCCCAUCAACCGCACCUACUACUACAUCGACUACCGCCAGACCAUCGACGCCAUCAAGUGGCGCGUCUACAAGUCCGACAAGGACAUGCAGGGCAGCGUGCAGCCCGCCGACGAGUCCAAGGAGUACUCGUGCCCGCGCUGCCGCGCCCAGUGGACCCAGCUCGAGGUGCUCGACUCGGUCUCGCCCGCCGGCUUCACCUGCCAGCGCUGCGGGACCGUGCUGGAGCUGUCCAAGGAGAAGGAGACCCCCGGCCACCAGCAGCUCUCCCGCAUGAACAACCAGUUCAAGUUCAUGACCGACAUGCUGCAGGAGAUCGACCGCGUCGUCGUCCCCGAGUGCAGCUUCGACAAGGCCAUGAUGGCCCACCGCCCCAUCGUGCGCGCCUCCACCCACGAGGUCCUCCCCAGCGUCCCCGUCGAGCCCGGCAUGAACAAGCCGUCGGCCGUCAAGGGCCUGGCCAACGUCGGGCCCAAGACCAUGCAGGUCACCAUCUCGGACGACAACGAGCAGGAGCGCCUCGAGGAGCGCAAGCGCAAGGAGCGCCUGCUCAAGGAGAACGCCCUGCCCAGCUGGAUCACCGAGAGCUCCGUCCCGGCCAUCUCCCAGACUACUCAGUCCUUCGAGAUGCGCGACGCCCCCGACGAGGACAUGCUCCCCUCCAAGAGGGUCAAGCUGGAAACCGGCAGCCCCACCUCGGCCCCGGCCGACGACAAGGGCAACGCCAUGAGCUUCAAGAUGGAAGACGAAGACGAGGAUGACCUCGAGUUCGAGGAUGUUGUAUGAGCCAAAGCGCCCAGCACACCAAGUCGAGUCUUGGAGGACAGAAGAGAAGGGGGGGAUGG